AACUGUACUGAUGGAGACUAAAUACUCAGUAGGAGCUUGGAACACUGUGUGGUGUUUUGGACAUCACUUGGAGUCGCGCGGACACUGCGCCUAAGGCGUUUGGCAACAGUCCUUGUCAAUAGGAUUCAUGCGCUUUCUGAGAGCAAGGAAACAACGCGGAUGAAUUGUGCCUAAUCGGCACAGGAAGAAACAAGAAGAAUAAUUUUUUCCGGCCUCACUAACGCGUGGUGUUUUGGUUUAAACCGCAGAUUAUACCCAGGAUAAUCGUCAUCACAGACUGAACAAAAAACGGACACAGAAACAUUCCUACUGGAAUAUCUUUGUAGAAAUUUCAGCGCUGUUUAUUGACGUUUAUUGAUCGGGUAAGAAAUCUAGCAUUUCAGUGACACUGACAGCGCCUUAUUCAUUUUUUUUUUAAGUUUAUAGCUGCCCUUUCCACGGUAGUCUGAUCGCCCAUCUUUGUGUUAUCUCUCCAUAAGCCACUAAACACAGUAAAUUAUUUUACACUGACAAAUGUUUGAAAAAACAAAAACAUACGUACAUAAGAUAGUGAGAGUGACAGCAUAUUUAUUUAUGCAUAUAUGAAAAUCGCAUCUGGUGCACGUCAAACGCUUUUCUAGGACAGCCGCACAUCAGCGCUCAAUAUCUGCUCUCCAUAUAGUGGAGACUGAACAUCUCACUUAACAACAUGACGGAUGGACCGAGACAAAGAGGGAGCGCAGCGCCGAGCAUCAACGGGGAUGGAGCGGCAGACUCGGGUAAAGCCGCUGGAGAGUCGUCGGUGGCGUUAAAGAAGGAGAUUGGUCUCGUCAGUGCUUGCGGUAUUAUUGUUGGUAACAUCAUCGGCUCGGGAAUAUUUGUCAGUCCUAAGGGAGUGUUGGAAAAUGCCAGUUCAGUGGGCCUGGCUCUCAUUGUAUGGAUCAUCACAGGCGUUAUCACAGCAAUCGGGGCACUCUGCUACGCUGAGCUGGGUGUUACUAUCCCCAAAUCUGGAGGCGACUAUUCCUAUGUCAAGGACAUCUUUGGAGGGCUGGCAGGGUUCUUGCGGUUGUGGAUUGCUGUUUUGGUGAUCUACCCCACUAAUCAGGCCGUCAUUGCUCUCACCUUCUCCAACUACGUCCUGCAGCCUCUGUUUCCCACCUGCUUCCCCCCGGAGAAUGGUCUACGCAUACUCGCUGCCAUCUGCUUGUUGCUUCUGACAUGGGUAAAUUGUGCUAGUGUGCGGUGGGCAACACGAGUGCAGGAUAUCUUCACUGCAGGGAAACUCCUGGCCCUUAUUCUCAUCAUCAUCAUGGGCGUUGUACAGAUCUGCAAGGGCGAAUAUUACUGGUUAGAGCCAGCCAAUGCCUUCGAGCCAUUUCAAGACUAUGAUGUUGGUCUGAUCGCUCUGGCAUUUCUACAGGGCUCCUUUGCCUAUGGUGGCUGGAACUUCCUCAAUUAUGUCACGGAGGAACUGGUCGACCCAUAUGUGAACCUCCCGCGUGCUAUCUUCAUCUCCAUUCCCCUUGUGACCUUCGUUUACGUUUUUGCUAACAUUGCCUACGUCACUGCCAUGAGUCCUCAGGAGCUGCUGGCCUCCAAUGCUGUCGCUGUGACGUUUGGUGAGAAGCUGUUAGGAGUGAUGUCAUGGAUUAUGCCCAUCUCUGUGGCCUUGUCCACAUUUGGGGGGGUCAACGGCUCCCUCUUCACCUCCUCUCGGUUGUUUUUCGCGGGUGCUCGUGAAGGCCAUCUCCCGAGCCUGCUGGCAAUGAUUCAUGUGAAGCGCUGCACCCCAAUUCCAGCCUUGCUGUUCACUUGCAUCUCGACUCUUCUGAUGCUGUGCACCAGUGACAUGUACACACUCAUUAAUUAUGUGGGUUUCAUCAACUACCUCUUUUAUGGUGUCACUGUUGCUGGGCAGAUUGUGCUGCGCAUUAAACAACCAGACAUUCAUCGACCAAUUAAAAUCAGCUUGGUGUGGCCGGUCAUUUACUUGCUCUUCUGGGCCUUCCUGCUGAUCUUCUCCCUGUACUCAGAGCCUGUAGUGUGUGGCAUUGGUUUGGCCAUCAUGCUUACUGGCGUCCCUGUCUAUUUCUUGGGGGUGUACUGGGAAAACAAGCCCCAAUGUUUCAAUACAUUUGUUGAUAAGAUGACAUACCUGGGUCAGAAGUUCUGUGUUGUGGUUUACCCGGCGGAGGACAAGAAGAAAAAUGAAGAGUGUGAAGAUGAGAUGGAGCUGAAGGAACAAUCGACUCCACUGUCAGGAGAAGACGUAGAGACACAGAAAUCAGCUGACUGCUAAACAGACACAUGGAGAGACACAUUAAAUCACUCACAUACAGGGUGCCCGUCUUAUUUUGAUUGACACUGGAAAUCUGAAAUUGUCCACAUACCUCUAAGCUUGUUUCUUUAGGCCUUUUUUAUAAGAAGGGUGUUGCACUGGAGGGCUGUAGCUAAGCUCAGGAGAGAGUAUAAUGAACAGAGGCUUGGUGCUCUGUACUCAAGUGAUUUUGCUAUAGAAGUCUUAGAACAUAUUCAGGGUCUCUCCAGUUGCUAUUCUCUUUGCAGCUGCUUUCUCCUCUUUUGUCUGUGCAACAGAAUUACAAAAUUAAAAUGUCUGAUGACAUGAAGAAUGCUUUAGAAUGUACAUAAACACUGUUUUGAAAAUGGAAUUCAAAUUUCAGAAACAUUCUGUUCUAUGUGAAACACUGGAACUUAUCUGAAUCUGGGAAUUAGAACGUUUUAUGGUAAAAUGGGCAAAUUACAUCAUGGCCUCAACUGAAAUGGCAGGGUUUUUUUUUUUUUUUCGUUUAUUUAUUUAUUAUUAAGUACAUUCUAAUGUUCUAAUUCUUACCCCUCUCAUCCCCUCUUUAUUCCUACUUUUUUAGUUCAGGUCUGUCACACUCCUCAUAUUAAGCAUUUUUACAAGCCAAAGCUGUUUUUUAAAUUUACAACCAUUUCAUUUCACAUGUAUUUCAUUACAACAAAACAUUCAGAACCAAUUUUGUUUAAAUAUGAUUUUGAUAUUUUAAAUUGUCUUAUCAUAUUACAUUGUUAUUGUGACAUGGCUGUUAUUUCUUUUCAUUGAUUUAUCUGAUACUUUUCCUGAAUUAUAGGAAAUCAGUUUUUUUUUUUUAAUCAACAUAUAUUAAAGGCAUAUAUAUACUGUAUAAGGACCAAUUGUGGUGGUUCAGAGUAGUUUUCAACCGGGUUACUCUGGUGCUAUUACAAUUACAAAUAUAUAUAUAUAUAUAUUUUUUUUUUUUUGUUUGUUUGUUUUUUUGCCUUAAGAUUUUUUUGUAAACCUGUAUGAUGUUAUUGUAGAUGUUAUUAUCAACGUUUAAGAAUAUUUUGCUUUCUGAUAUUUUUGAAGAUAAAUGUUGACGGAAAAUUUAAAGAGGCCAUUGUGGUGUUGAGUGUUAAAAUGGUAUCAUCAUUAUGCAUUUGACAGAGAGUACAGGUCCUUUACAACCACAGUCAGUACCCCCAAGUUCACUUUCUUGCAUUGUAAUUAUUUCAAAAGUAUACACACAACUUUUAUGUGGAAAAAAAAAUGGUGGUGCAUAACUAGUGUCCAUAAUGUUGACGUAUUUAAAUGGAAGAAAAAAGAUUGUAUGAAUAUAAUAGCUAUAUAUUUUUGGUUCUAUCCUUUAUUUUAAGGCAAUAAAAGUAGAAUAUAUUAAUGUUCAAGAACUUAAAAUCCAUUUUGACACACUGUAUAAGCCGGGUGAAUCAGUCAGAUAGUAUACAAUAUAUUAUAAAUACAAUCAGAGGUGCAAGUGACUGGAAUCAAAUUAACAAGCUAAUAAAAAAUCUAUGAUUUACUCAUAGACAGGACACAGAUUACAUUAACAUACUGUAGCACUCAACAAUCAAACUACACAAAAAUUAAGCAAAUGCCUUAAAAACAUUUACAUUUACUUAAAAUAUGUAGUAUGUUUCUGUAAGUAAAUAAGAUAUGCUCAGUUGAAGAAUCCUUGACUUGAGUGUUCUCUAUGUAAGUCACUGUUGUACAUACUAUAACUUCAUAAGGUUUUUUGUGGUCACAGUCUUUUUAGUGUGCCUCUAUAUUUAUGUCUCACCUUUACCCACACAAUAUUGUGAGAGCUCUAGAAAAAGUGCUAGUUUUUAUUUUCUUGUUUCCACUGAUCUGUAAUGUGAAGGUGCUGUAUAAAAAGCAAUAGACUAUGUAGAUCACAAUGUAAUUCAUGGCCAUUUUGCAUGAUCUUAUUCCCCCCAACAUCAAAUCUAUUGCCUUCCCCUUACACAAUAAACACUAUCUUUCAGAUAGUUUCUCUCUCCUAUUCAGAUGAUAGCAAGACCUGUCAUUGUCAAUUAAAAACUGACUGCAUAAUUUCCAUAAUAAUCUAAUCUCUGAUCAUUGUAGGUUACAUCAAAGAUGCAGAGCUUCGGUUCUAGUCAUUGCUCCAGCACUGCCUACUGUGUUGUAAACACAAUGACACGAUGUCUAUUUUAUAUAUAAGAUGUGACUCUGACUGUGCUGCAAUUACAGGCUUUCACUGAUGGGUUUAGACUAUCAGACUGCCGAAAGCCAUGCAAGAUGAGUGUUCUGUACAUUUUCACAUGAUUGUCACCUGUAACAAAUGAUUGAUGAUUGUAUUUGAAAUGUCCUUGUCACAACUAUAUAACUCUAUUAGUGAAUGACCUUUAUAUUCAUACUGAAAUAUGUAGUCUGAAAUAAUAAAGAUAUCAAAGUUCAAAUUA